UAUUAAAACAGGUGUGCAACAAAAAUACUGCUUGGGAUUGAGAUAAAUAGGCGUUACGCGUAUCGCUAACGUAGAGAGGAGGCUCAGCGCCUUACUAUGACCAUACAUUUAUGCUACACACUGUAGCAGUAAUCUGUCAGUCGGGUAUUACCACAGUAUAGUCGAUGUUUUACAUUCUCUGACAGUCACAAUAGCCACAGUUUAUCGCUACUCUUUGCACGCGUCUGUUGCUCUUCAAUUUUCAAUCAACAAUUGAAUCUGUGACCAUCAACCUUUGAAAACAAAGCAAAGCGUGUCGCUUCGUGAACGGUGAAAUUACAGUGAUAAUGGAUAUCGUGCAUCCGUUCGGUGUUCCCCGCGAGGGAGGCCAGUCGUCCAGCAGCCAGCCCUAUUACCCUGGGGCUCCCCUUUUUCCCGCACACACCUACAACGCCAAUAGGAGCAGUACGAACGGCGGCACGGCCGGCAGCAUCUUCGGAGGAGGCAUAUCAUCCAACCAAACCACCCACAACACCAUGGCCAACACCGAAAUGAUGGACACCGUCCCCGUCCUCAUAAGCACAUCCAACACCACCAGCUCCACCUCUGUUACCGCCAACAACCAACUCCAGCUGAAACCGGUUCUCGGCAAGCUGAAUAGAAAAGCGGCCAGGGGAGGAGGAAGUCAGUGGUGCAAGCUGGCCCAUCGGGCGCAACCAAUGAGCGCAUUCGACACGCUGUGCAAUCUUUGCGGCGCGAACAGCUCGGAAUUCACCGUCCGCACCAACGGGCAUGAGACGAUGGUGCAAACCAUCUUCAACGCGAUGCAGUACCAAGCGGUGGCACCGAACGAAUUCCUCGCCAAGGAAAAGGUGUCCGAGGAGGUGCUGCGAGACAUUUACUUGCCGCGGCUAACGGCCCCCCAGGAACAAUCGGAGACGGGCGCGAUGAUGGAUACGUCCACGCAAAAUGGUAUGGAGGCAGAGGAGGACCCGGCGGACGCUAACACAACACUGCUGUUAGCGCAGAACCUGGUCUCGUUUGCGCUGUACAAACUGUUUGCCAAGUGGAACGUGCAGCCAAAGCCGACAAGAGUGAAGGAACAACCAUCGAAAAAUGGUGUGAUCAGGUGCCGGGAGCAACUUCCGGUCAAUCCAACCAGCUACCAUCCGGCGACGCUACUGUCGAUCAUGGUAACGCCGGUAUCGUUUGAGGAUGUCGGCGAAACCGCCGUGAGUCCGGUACGGAAGAACUUUGUGGCCCGGGUGACGGUGGGCGAACAAUCGUUCACUGGCACGGGGCAAUCGAAAAAGGUGGCCCGUAAGAUGGCAGCAUCGGAAGCGUGCAAGACACUGUUCGGCGUAAACUACGGUAUUCUUCAGGGUUAGGAAGGUGACCAAUCAUUGAUGAAGCAUGAUGAACUGUUGUGCCGCAAAAAGUAUGCGCGCACUGUUAUUCGUUGAACAGCGAAGUAAAACAAAAGUGGAAUUGAAUUUGAAUAAAACUGAACUACGCCUAACUAAAGCUUUUUCGGGAAGUAUGCUUUAAACAGGAGCAGACUUGCAAAACAAAACGAAAGAAAAUAAGGCAAAUCGGUGAAAUAUGCGUAACAUUCAUGGGCGAUGCCCGACAUUGGCGUUAGGCAGAUACGAUGAUUUUUUUACCCAGUGCUUUUAAAACAUUCAAACCAACAGUAGAUCGCUUGUUCUGGAUCGCUCCUGGGGUUUGCUGAAUUAUCUAUUUUUUGUUAUCAAUUUUUAAGAGUUUUCCUCUAGCUUUAUUACAAUGUAUAGUGUGUCUAAUAUCCUUCAUUCUAGUUGCUCUCGCCCACGGAUACAAAGUCCUGCUCGCCGUAUCACGGAACGGGAAGCAUGUCACCGUAAGAAGGUCUUGCAGGGGAUUCAAUGGUGAAUGCAAAGCGCAUUCUAACGUGUUGCAAGCUGUUGGUGCCAAAAAAAAACAAAGUACAAUGUCUCCAACGAAAGACAAUUAAACAAAAUUGAUGUUCGUAUUCGUAUUAAGGACAACUGAUGUACUGUAUGGAGCGCACCCAUGACUCCGAUCCGAC